AUGAACAUAACGGAUGACAAAUUUGUUGAGAUAUGCCGUCUUGUGUUUGUCGAGUUCGAUAGGCAAGCAGAUGACGUCUUGGGGCUUUUGCAAGCUAAGCAUGUCUUAACAGGGAUUAAUCUUGAAUGUUUAGCUGUCAUUUUUCAAAAUAAAGAAAGCCACUAUGACUUAGAUGUCUACGCUGAUGUACUUUCUAACAUCUACUAUUGUGCUGGUCCAGGAAUCGAGGACUACUCUAAUAAAAUUGGUGCAGCUGAUACAGAUGGAGUUGAUAUGGCAUACCGCCUCCUCGCAGAUCACAUAAGAAUGAUCGCUGUUACUAAUGCUCCUGGUUCUCAGCUUGGCAACGUUCUCCUGCUCGGAGAGAAGAUAACUCUGAAUUUAGAUAUCAAGAAGGUGUUGGAGGGCCAUCUCAUCUAUCUUGUCCAGAGUUAUCUUUUGUAUGGCAAUACACAAAUGUAG